CUGUUACUCACUCCGUCUCCAACUUUGAGAGGAAGUUACCACCUCUUCCCCAGACUCUGUACACACACACGCUCAGGCAGACAAACACACACGCUCUUCAGGACGUGAACACACCAGCAACAGGGAAUGAACUGAAAGCAGUCAGGACUGCUUGUAAUGCUGUGUUGUUUUUCAAAAUUUGGAGGGAAAGAGGGCAGAAAUUUGCAGUUUGCCUGAAGCUUUCUGUGUGGACUGAACAGAUUCAGAGGGACAUUUCUUGUCAUCACAGACUGCCUGAGGACCAAAGAUCACAGUCCCUGAUCCAGCAGCAAGUGAGAGAGAGAGAGAGAGAGAGAAGUGGAGUGUGAUCAUUUUGCAUCCAUUUUCCAACUUCUCAUUACACUAUGAGCUGGGACUGAGGAAGUGCUCCAAAGUUUAAUUUUGUGGCGUGAAGAAAGCUGAGCGAAGAUCACCAUGGAUGUGAAGAAAAAAGAAAUGGACCUCCUGAGCAACAGCAUAGCUGCAUAUGCACACAUUAAGGCAAACCCAGAGAGCUUCGGCCUUUACUUUGUGCUCGGAGUGUGUUUCGGCCUGGUGCUGACGCUCUGCCUCCUGGUCAUCCGGAUCUCCUGCAAGCCGCGGACCAACAUCGCCUCAACCUCCACGCCUGAGAAGAAACACUUAAAGGACAUCAGUGAGGAGGACGAGGAGAGUGAAGAUGAUGAAGAUGAAGAUGGGGAUGAUGUAGAGGCACCUAUCCCUUUACCCAGCACAGAAAUCCCUGUUGGUAAUCACACCAGCCAAUCAGAUGGGACACUGAGUGUGAACGUAUUUACUUCAGCUGAGGAGCUGGAACGGGCGCAGCGACUGGAGGAGAGAGAACGUAUCAUUCGUGAGAUCUGGAGAAAUGGCCAACCUGAUAUCCUGGGGUCGGGAACAGGGACUAUUGGAAGAGUGCAUUACUACUAGGAUACACAAGGCUUCAAGGGAGCUCUGUGAAGGACAGACGUAGACCUUUGGGUGGGCAAGAUGUCCCUGAAGCCUGUAAGACUCGAGAGCCUGUUUUAGAUACAAUGCAACAUCAUGGAAACAGGACAACAGUGAUGUGAUGCUUAUGCCAAUACUUGGCUCUGACAGAGCUGAACUGUGAUAUUGCACUUCCUAUGUAGCAAUGUUUGUGUUUAACUGACUUUUAACUUUUAAACCAAGAGGUGUCUUAAAGACUGAUUAAUCCAUAUGGAAAAGAUGCAGUAUGAAUGUGGGAGCUGAUGGACACUUGAAGUAACCUGUCUAUUAAAAUGUAUGGCGCUUAAUGAUGAAGAAGCACACAACAACUAGGCUAAUGUAUGUAAUAAGUCAAAAGGAGAUGUAAGGACAAUGUAUUUAGGCCUGUACUGUACGUUGCAAUGAAGAUUAUUUGUUUGCAGAAAGGACAAUUCUCCUCUGGACUGGUGAGUUUGUGGGGGAAAUUUUUCUCCAAGAAGAUACUUUCACUGUUAAAGGAAAUUACAUUGUUUGAACAAGCACAUAUCAAUCAAUUUGGGGCUGUCAGAUUACACAUAUAGAGCAUGUAAAGACAAUUAAAAUUGGCAUCUUUAAUUUAUGAUCACAUUAAAUCCAUGUCUACAGGGAUAAUUCCACCAACAGAAAUUACAGAAUUCAAGUAUUAAGCUGAAAUAAUUGACUGUUGUUUCUCUUCAUAAUGCCUUUAAUGUCAGAGAAAACGUACAACAGUGCUCAUUCUCUGCGUACCUUUGGGCCAUGGAUUUAUAAUCAAGAUAAAGAGAGAGCCUAAAUUUGCUAUUAAGAUUCAUGGAAAGGUCACUCUUUGUCUUUUGAUAUUUCUGUACAAUGUCUCUUGUUAAAAGGUUAGAAAUACAGUUUUUGUUUUGUUUUUUUAAAUAAAAUUUGUGGGAACUCCA